AUGACGACCGCCUCUGCGUCGCCCGACUGGUCCCCGCACGCGCGAGUCUCCGUCGCCUACAACGUAUCCGGCAAAAGGACCCGCCUUAGCACUGACGUCCCGGGUAAUCCCUCGACCAAGUCUGGAUCGCCGCAACGCCGCCGUGCGACAAAACACAACACGCACGAACACAUUGAAAGUUGCAAGAUUGUGAUAGGUAGGAUGAGGAUCGGCGUCAUUUCUCGGCUUACCGGGCUGCUCCCGCUGCUCGGCGCCUCUCUAACCCACGCCUCGCCAACCGGAAGCUCCACGCCACACGCGCUGUCGGCGCGCGCCGAACGGAUCCUAGCUGACAUCGAGCUUCACAAGAUCGACGACGUCCGCGGUCAUCUCUCCCUACCGACUAGCUUAAAUGGGUUGCCCAUCUCCUGGAACAGCAGCCACCCGGACAUUGUUGGGACGGAUGGCCGGGUUAAACGCCAACUGGGAGACGCCAAAGUUACCCUGACUGCGACGAUUGACGCGGAGGGCGUGUUGCAGAGUCGAAGAAUUGACGCCAUUGUGCGCCGGCAAGCUAGCGUCAAUGCGUAUGAAGGCUACGCGUUUGCUUAUUUCACGGGCAGUUCUCUCGCCGGCGAAAACAUCUUCUUUGCCGCUAGCAACGGAAACGAUGCCCUCAGCUGGAAGGAGCUUAAUGCCGGGCAACCGGUCCUAAAGUCGUCGUACGGCACAAAGGGACUACGAGACCCCUUCAUCAUACGCUCCCACGAGGGCGACACGUUUUACCUCCUCGCCACGGACCUUUCCAUCGGCUCAGCGCCAUAUUCUCGUCUCUCCUGCCUCGGCGGGCAACACGUGGGCGCCCGAGGCCUUUACGACGAUACCAUCGGCGAGUACGUGGUCUUUUGGGCUUCGUCCAUCUACGCGGAGAGCGACACUGGCCACGCGGGAAAUACGUACCAUCGCAUGCUCUACGCCACGACCCGUGACUUUGUGACGUUUAGCGAGACUCAGGUUUGGCAGGACGCCGGUACUUCGAGAAUCGACUCCACGAUCCUCGAGGAUAACGGCGUCUAUUACCGAUUUAGCAAGGACGAGGGCGCCGGUGGCACCGGAUGCAGCGACAUUAUCCAGGAGGAGUCAACGAAUUUACGGGCCACACUGGACGCGUGGAGGAUCACAGACUCUUGCAUUGGCCGAAAUGCCGGCACAUCCGCUGUCGAAGGCCCCACCGCCUUCAAAUCGAACCCUGGCGACGUGCGUGGCGAAAGGUUCUACCUCUUCGUGGAUGAGUAUGGUGGCCGCGGCUACAUCCCUCUCGAAACGGCCGAUAUCUCCAACCCGGCGUGGAAGGUGUCGAGCUCGUAUAGUCUUCCACGGAGCCCCCGCCACGGAACCGUGAUCCCCGUCACGGCGGCAGAACUAUCCGCUCUUACUAGCAGCCUGUCCAUAAAGGCAAAGAGGCAGGAGGCUAGCUCUGCUGCCGACACCCUCAGCGGGAGCCCUGUGCUUCCCGACUAUUACGCGGACCCGAACAUCGCCAUCUUCAACCAGACAUACUACAUUUAUGCCACCACGGACGGCUUCCCUGGCUGGGGUGGCAAGGAAUUCUACGUCUGGAAUGGACACAACCCCGUCUAUAACCGCAAGACGAUCGGUGUGGCUGUGGCAGAUUCUCCCGAUGGACCGUUCACCGCGCAGCCGGAAGCCAUGAUUCUCAACAACGAGGCCGUCACCACGGGGCAGGCGAUCGAUCCCGCCGCUUUCCAUGACCCCGUAAGUGGCAAGUAUUAUUUCUUCUGGGGUAAUGGGUCCCCCAUAUAUGCUGAACUUGCGGACGACAUGGUCACGCUCAAAGAGGGUACGAUCCAGAAGAUUACCGGGCUAAACGAUUUCCGCGAGGGCAUCUUUGUUGGCUAUGCCACGUCGACGAGUGUCAACGGGCCCUGGACGUAUAGAGGCGUUGUUUUGGAGAAGGAUGCGAGCCAGGGAAUCCUCGCCACGGGACACAGCUCAAUCGUCAAUGUUCCCGGUACGGACAACUGGUACAUUGCCUAUCAUAGAUUUGCUAUUCCUGAUGGAGAUGGUACUCACAGAGUUACUUCGAUUGACAAGGUUACGUUUGGGGCCGAUGGAUUUAUGCAGAAGAUUACGCCGACCUUGACUGGUGUCGAGGCUGAGGUGUUGCAGUGA